GGUGAUGCGCAAAUCUAGGAGUUUGAGAUCUUUCACUCAAACCCAACCCACACGAGAGACCUACAAUUUUGUACUAUAAUAAUAAAAAGCUUCAGCUGUACCCCACGUGUCCCUCCCACCCACCCCCACCCAAAAGAGUUGCUUUCUCUCCCUCCUCUUCCAUUAAUUUUUCAAGAUUUUCCUUAAAACAUCAUUUAUUUGGUGAUUUGGAUUCAGUUUCUUUUUUCUUUUUUCCAGCAGAAAAAAGCUAAAAAAAAAAGUUCUUAUUUUUGUAUUAUAAUCAGCACAAACAACAUUUUUGUGCUUGUCACUUUUGAUUGUUGUUUUUUUGUUUCAGCUUAGAAGAAGACAGAAGAAGGCUUUUAUCUUUUCAGUUAGCAGAAUCUAAGAUUGUGGAGCAAAUUGGCGCAAAAGUUUAGCUCUCCCACUUUCGACGUAUAAUGGGAGGUGUAUUGGGUAAGAAUGGAUCUCCCCGGGCUUCUGUUCCGGAGACAAAACUCGAGGCAAAAAUAACUGAAGCUAUGCAGCGGAGAGAAACUGAAGGAAGUUCCGUAAAAUCAUUUGAUAGUAUAGUCCUAAAAUUUCCCAAAAUCGAUGAGAACUUGCGAAAAUGCAAAGUUAUAUUCCAGGAAUUUGAUGAAGAUAGUAAUGGAGCAAUUGACCCACAGGAGUUGAAACACGCUUUCGGUAAACUGGAGAUUAAUUUUACCGAUGAAGAAAUCAGUGAUCUCUUUGAAGCGUGUGAUAUUAAUGAAGAUAUGGGAAUAGAAUUCAGCGAAUUCAUCGUUCUUCUUUGUCUUGUCUAUCUUUUGAAGGAUGAUCCUACUGCUCUGCAUGCUAAAUCACGGAUGGGACUACCAAAUCUGGAGGUAACAUUUGAAACACUUGUUGAUGCUUUUGUGUUUUUGGACAAGAACAAGGAUGGUUAUGUAAGCAGGAAUGAGAUGAUUCAAGCUAUUAAUGAAACAACAUCAGGAGAAAGGUCUUCUGGUCGAAUAGGAAUGAGAAGAUUUGAGGAAAUGGACUGGGACAAAAAUGGAAUGGUGAACUUCAAAGAAUUCCUUUUUGCUUUUACUCAUUGGGUAGGGAUCGAGGAUAAUGAGGAUGAAGAGGGAGAAGAGUAAGAUUUCCACAGAACUUUUAUAUAUAUAGAAAGAGCGAGAAUGAAGCUAUGACCAUGAAGGCAUGAACCCGAGUUUCCUUGACUUUUGCAAUAAACUAGUUGUAGCAGUGGGAGUAUGUCGAUACUUUUAUGAUCACUCGUGUAAAUGAAGCCUCGACUCCCUAGUACUGGUAUGCGAAUAGUGUUGUGUUGCGGAAGCAGCUUUAACUUUGAUUUAUCCAUUUUGUACGAUUUAGUUUGCUGAUUGAACUAAAACUGGUUACUGCUUGUGUCGUUAUUGUUUCCUUUUGCAUCUUUCCUUGAGUCGAGGGUUUAUUGGAAACAGUCUCUCUACCCUCACAAGAUAGGGGUACACGCUAUCCUUUUCAGACACCACUUGUGAAUUUCACUGGGUUGUUGCUGUUGUUGUUGAUUGAACUUCAACUAGGUGACAAAAUGCUUGAUUUUCCAGGAUUAGCAUGCACAAAUUCUCAGGACUGUGAGCUUCGGGUGUUUGUAUUCAAAUUUAAGAAAUUGUUUGUGAUUUGACAUUCCAGUUGUGAUCUCUACGAUAUUAGAUAUAAGUGUGUAACCUUCACUUAGCAAAAUGUAUGCUUUUGAUUUCUCCAGUUAUAUCAAGUUUUGGUGAAUUUGUUAA